CACGUGACGGCCGCGCGCGUCCCCGGCCGCUGCGGGCUCGGAGGCCGAGGAGAAAAGACUGCGAGGUGGCCACGGCUGUGGCCAGAGAGGUGGGAGUCUGGGGUGAAGUCCUGGCGGGGCAAGGUGAAAGUCAGCCACUCCCGGGUCCUAACUCGCACAGGAUGAACCAGCAGUGGAAGAGAAGUUACUACAAACUGUCUGACUGGUGGUGAAGAUGAUGCCUUAUUUUUGUGACAAGCAUCUGUAGGAUCUGUAAUAGAAAUGAUGGCUGGCUGUGGUGAAAUUGAUCACUCAGUAAACAUGCUUCCUACGAAUAGGAAAGCGAAUGAGUCCUGUUCUAAUUCUGCACCUUCUCUAACUGUCCCUGAAUGUGCCAUUUGUCUGCAAACAUGUGUUCACCCGGUCAGUCUGCCUUGUAAACAUGUUUUCUGCUAUCUGUGUGUAAAGGGAGCUUCAUGGCUUGGAAAGCGAUGUGCCCUCUGUCGACAAGAAAUUCCUGAGGAUUUCCUUGACAAGCCAACUUUAUUGUCACCAGAAGAACUCAAGGCAGCAAGUAGAGGGAAUGGUGAAUAUGCAUGGUAUUAUGAAGGAAGAAACGGGUGGUGGCAGUAUGACGAACGCACUAGUAGAGAGCUGGAAGAUGCUUUUUCCAAGGGUAAAAAGAGCACUGAAAUGUUAAUUGCCGGAUUUCUGUAUGUUGCUGAUCUUGAAAACAUGGUUCAGUAUAGGCGAAAUGAACAUGGACGUCGCAGGAAAAUUAAGCGGGAUAUAAUAGAUAUACCAAAGAAGGGAGUAGCCGGACUUAGGCUGGACUGUGAUGCUAAUACCGUAAACUUGGCAAGAGAGAGCUCUGCUGAUGGAGCGGACAGUGUAUCAGCGCAGAGUGGAGCUUCUGUUCAGCCACUAGUGUCUUCUUCUGUAAGGCCCCUGACAUCAGUAGAUGGUCAGUUAACAAGCCCUGCAACACCAUCCCCUGAUGCAAGCGCUUCUUUGGAAGACUCUUUUGCUCAUUUACAGCUCAUUGGAGACAGCCUGGCUGAAAGGAGUCAUAGGGGGGAAGGAGAAGAAGAUCGUGAAUUACCCUCUUCAGGCAGGGUACCAGCACCAGACACUUCCAUUGAAGAAACUGAAUCAGAUGCCAGUAGUGAUAGUGAGGAUGUAUCAGCUCUUGUUGCACAACACUCCUUGACCCAACAGAGACUCUUGGUUCCUAAUGCAAACCAGACAGUAUCUGAUCGAUCAGAUCGAUCAGGAACUGAUGGAUCACUAGCAGGGGGUGGAACAGUGAGUAACACUGUCAGAUCUAGAAGGCCUGAUGGACAGUGCACAGUAACUGAAGUUUAAAUAAAACAAGUCUUCAGCUCCAUGCUCAAGGUUAAAAUUGUCAUCUGUAAAUUUCUGCCCACAUAACAUUAUACUCAUCCCUAAUACAUUUUGGGAGUUGGGGUGGGGAGGGAUAUAGGAAGGUUAGACCUGUAAUUAAAAUGUCUAACAUGCUUCUGUUGAGAGAUUUAUUUAAUAUAAGGAACUUGGGUGUUAGUAAGUGACAGUUGUUUAGUAAUAACAACUCUCCUAGGUGAGAGUUGUUUAGUAAUAACCCAGUUUUCUUGAGGUCUGUUUAUUUUAUAGCUUUUAAAAAUUUCUUCAGUUCUUUCAGCCAGCGUGUGUAUAUUAUCUGUGCAUCAAUGGUCCCAUCUGACACUUGGAUUUUGUCUUACUUUUCUGCAUGGAUUGACUUUAAAACCAUUAACUAAAAUUUGGCACCUAUGAGAUGUCUGGUAUCAGUUUUAACAGGAAGCUUAAUGUGAGAAUACAUGUGAAUUUGGGAUUUUAAAAUAGACAAAAACUUUUAAUAGUAAAGUUACUGAAAUGGAAAUGUAAAGAAAACACCUAAUAACUUAAUGUUUCAUAAUCUUGUCUGUAACACAUUUCAUGGCGUUCCCAUAGACUUUGCUGUCUAGUCCUUGUAGUUUGAUGUUUCUCUUGAUUCACAGCUUUCUUUUUGAUUACAAGAUUUAUAAUUUAAUAAACACUAGAGUUUAUCAAAGAUAAA